AUGCAUGUGCAUUAUAUUUUAGAUUCAAUGUUUUCCUGGUCUCUUUUCACGCACUUCAUUGAGCAGUUGGACACUGCCAUGUACGCCGAGGGCCGCCACAUCGUGGUGCUGCUCGACAACGCAAGCAGUCACACCCUGACAACCGAGGGCGCGGUGACCGAGGAUCUCUUUGGGUUCCGCACCCGUGCGCUCAAGAACGUGCGCCUGGUGUACCUGCCGCCUAACACCACCUGCUUCACGCAGCCCCUGGACCAGGGGAUGAUAGCCAUGACGAAGGCGCGGUACCGCCAGCAUUGGCUCCGCGCCUUCACCGGCAUGUGGACUGCAGACGGCGCGACUUCCGCGGCUGCGAGGUUCAAGCCGAACCUCCGUCUCGUGCUGGAGUGGCUCCAUGACGCGUGGAUGAACAUCCCGCGGAGCACUAUCCAGCGCUGCUGGUGCCGCACCGAGUGCCUACCGCGGGCGUGGGCGUUGGAACUCCCGCACGUGGAACGCCCCGCCGACCCUCAGGCCCAGGCAGGCGGUGACAUCGGCCUGGACGAGGACAUGCACGACGUCGGCAUCUUAAUCGAUCGCCUCUGCCUCGGGCCGUCCGCGAUGGCUGCGGCAGAGUUCGUCGGCAUAGAUGAGAACCAGCCGACUUGCGCCGAGCCGGGCGACGACCCCCUGGCGAUGGAGCCGGCUGCGGCGCACACGGCGCAUAUGUGGGAGGCGCCUGCGUCGAUGCAGGCGGUGUACGACGACAGCAACCCUGCGACGCGCGAAGCACGUCGCACGGCUCGCGCCGCCUGCGAGAUGCUUAUUGGGUACGCGCGUGCUACGUGCAUCACGCCGAGGGAUCUGUGCACGCUGUUUGACAUCCGCAACCCCCUCAUCAUCACGCGGAUGGAGCGCGCAAGCUCGGCUCUUAACCUUAACGCGACUCCGCCGCCCGUGAUGACACACGAGGACACUGUCGAACUUAUAUGCUAUAGUCUUUCUAGGCUGUAG